AUCAUUAAUUUGUUCAUAAAAUCUGUCAUUUUUCAAGACCAAAUUAUAUCCUUGUGAUUGAAUUAUUCAAUUCGCUAUCAAAGCGAACCUAGUACAGAAUAUUAUUUGCAAUUUAGGACAGGAAAUAAUUAAAAAUGUCUUUAAUCAACGUACUUUUAAGAUCCACCCUUCAACCGGCGGUGCGUUCUUCCGUCGCCCGAUCACUCCACACGGGAACCACCCACUGCUUUCACUACACUCCAGUGCUGUGCGCGGAACCACUAAAGAAAAAGAAAAAAAUCGAUCCCCAGAUCCUGAAGCAAAGAGAAGAACGCAAACGAAAGCGACUGGAGAAACAAAUACGCCGGCUGGAGAAAAAUGCCCGCCAACUGAAACCAAUCGAAGAGCUGGAAGUCCCCAUAGAACUGUUGGAUGAACAAGACAAGCGAAAACGAACCGGACUGAAGGUCAGUACGGAGGAACAGGAGCAGCGGAUACUGUUGGAGAAGCAAUGGGCCAAGUAUAAAAUGCAGGAAAAGUUGGCAGACUAUCAAGCGAUCGAUCGAGUGCUGGCAGCACAAACGAAAGCCCUGAACGAAUUGCGCUUGGAGUCGGAGGAACUCUAUCAGCAGGCGAUUCAACCAGAUCAAGCGCUGUUGCCUUUAAAAGUUGAAGGACCCGUUUCGACACCACCCCUCACUGGUUACGAGAUGCCCGAUGGAGAGUAUAUUGAUGUGUCGAAAAAGUGGGAUUGAUUGGGACGUUUGUUAGUGCAAAAUAAAACAAGCUUUUAGAAAUCUA